AUGCCACGUUUCCAAGGAAAAGUCGCUGUUAUUACAGGUUCCUCUUCUGGUAUUGGAGCAGCUACUGCUGUCCUGUUUGCUAAGGAAGGUGCGCAAGUAACAAUCACUGGAAGAAAUCAGGAUGGACUUGUGGCAACCAAGAAGGCUAUGCUCAAUGCAGGUGCAAAUGAGGGAAAUCUCAACAUGGUCAUAGCGGAUGUAACCGACUCUCAGGGUAGAAAACAAAUAAUUUCAAGCACUAUCGAGAAAUUUGGACAAUUGGAUAUUUUGGUCAACAAUGCCGGAGCUGCAAUCAGUGGUGAAGAUGGAACAUCGGGAAUAUCUGCUAGCACAGUCUUGCUGGAGAAAGUUAUGAAAUUGAAUGUUUACAGCGUAGUCGAUAUGAUACAACUAGCUCGCCCCUAUUUGGCAAAGACAAAAGGUGAAGUUAUCAACAUCUCUAGCAUAUGUGGCCAGCCAACAUCCUAUGCACCAGUCGCAUAUUACGCCAUGUCGAAAGCAGCUUUGGAUCAAAUGAUGAGAUCAGCAGCGAUUGAUCUAAUUAAAGAAGGAAUUCGAGUGAAUGGUGUGAGCCCCGGCGUUGUUGUCACACAAUUUGCAGAGAACAUGCUAUCUAACAAAGAGAUCGCAAAACAGUUCUACGAAACAUUUGCGAAUAAACCGGGUGCACUACCAUGUGGAAAAGUUGCCGUACCGUCUGAUAUCGCCAAUGUGAUCGCUUUUCUUGCCGAUCGCAGUCAAUCAUCGUAUAUCGUUGGUCAGACGAUUGUCGCCGAUGGUGGCACUUCAAUUGUACUCGCUUCGAAUGCUGACUCGGCCGUGCCGACAGCAAAAUAA